GGUGGGCCCAUCGAGCACGAAUACCCCAUACCAAGAACGUCAACGAGCGGUUUCAAAACAUAAGCUGCCCACCUGUGCCGAAAUUCUCCCGGGGUCAGCUUGAGGCGAUAAACAAAUGUUGUCGUAAGCCAGCUUGGCUGUACGGUGCUGGUUGGGCCCAAGACAUUGGGCAAAAUUGGCGUGCCGCCACACAGCGAAACAAGGUUAAUAUAUCACGAGGACAAGGAGAAAAUAUAGCUUAUCAGCGGACUUUACAUUCCCCGCGACGGACAUGUCUUCCCCGCUGCUUCUCCGCCUGGCAUUUGUCUCGGGGUGACCGCGAGCCAAGCGUGGGGACGGGGGGGCUGUGCGGGCUUGGACAGCGGAGAUCUGCUCCAGACCGUCCAAACAGGGUCCAAAAGCCGUCUUGGGCCUUCGUGGCACUAAACCCUUAAAUUGAUGCUUCCCCUCCUUCCCAAGCGCCUAGUUCUCCUUGGUGCUCCUUGCGUCGUAUCGUGUGCGCUGGGCGGCCUUGGAAGAUCUCGGCAUGGCGACAUCCAAACUUUGACAUAUCACCGUGACUCCAUUUCUCCGAAUUCUACCUUUAAUCCCGCAAGUGUUCUUGCCGAUCCGGGGAAAGUCGCAUUGCGCGGGGCGUGUUGUCUGGGGUAGAUCGGCCCCUCUUGUCACGAUGUCGCUGAUGUGCGAUUGAUGGGUAUAAAGGGCUCUUCGCGUGGCCAUGAGCUGUUGAUCCCAGCACCCGUCUCCUUCUAAUUCAUUCUGUUUUGAACCGCAACCAUGACCGAGAAGAAAGUUUCCCAGGAGAUCGGCGAUGAGAAGCCCGAAGCUCUGCACCGGGAGGACACCAUUGAUCAGGAGAAGCAGCAGCAGGCCGGAGAUUAUUCAGGUGCCCGCAAGAAGACUGAUCCAGCUGAGAUCCGUCUCGUGCGCAAGCUUGAUCUCUGGAUCAUGCCUACCUUGUGGGGCAUGUACUGGCUGAACUAUCUUGACCGCAAUGCCAUUGCCCUGGCAAGGCUGAAUGACCUCGAAGAGGAUCUGAACCUGUCGUCGUCUCAGUAUCAGACCUGUGUUUCCAUCCUCUUCGUUGGUUACCUCCUCGGCCAGGUUCCUAGCAACAUGUUGAUCACACGGCUGAGACCAUCAUACUAUAUGGCGGGAUGCAUGGCUCUAUGGGCCAUCGUCAGUGCGCUCACUGCUCUAGCCAAGGACUUCACCGGACUUCUCCUAGUCCGCUUCUUCCUGGGAGUCACUGAAGCCCCCUACUACCCUGGCGCACUGUAUAUGCUUUCGAUUUUCUACACUAGAAAGGAGAUCGCUACUAGGAUCAGUAUCCUGUACAGUGGCAACAUUCUGGCCACUGCGUUUGCGGGUCUGAUUGCCGCUGGCAUCUUCCACGGUAUGGACGACCUCAGCGGCCUCACAGGCUGGCAGUGGCUCUUUAUUCUCCAAGGAGCGGUCACAUUCCUUGUUGCCGUCUGCUCUGUCUUUACACUCCCAGACGACCCCCUGCACACCCGUUGGCUCACUCACGAGGAGCGCCAACUCGCCCACGACCGGAUUCUAGCAGAUACUGUCGGUGCUCGCCACCAGAGCAGCUCGUGGGCUGGCCUCAAGGAAGCUGCAAAGGACAUGCGCGUCUGGCUCUUUGCUUUUAUGCAGCACAUGCAUCUAGCUGCGAAUGGGUUCAAGAACUUCUUCCCCACGGCCGUUGAGACGCUUGGCUUCUCCACUACCAUUACACUUGUGCUUACCUGCCCGCCCUAUCUCAUUGCUGGUGCAAUUGCUGUGAUCUGGUCCUGGAACUCCGGUCGUGUCAAUGAACGUACCUGGCACAUCACUGUGGCCAAGGCAAUUGCAGUCUUUGGUUUUGUUCUCGGGUGCGCCACUCUAAACACGGGUGCGAGAUACUUUGCCAUGUGUGUUUUUGCGAUAGGGACCUAUGCUGGUAUGUUCAAGCCCCCGCAUUCCCUCCAAUACUAACAAAGUCUACUAGUCAACUCAAUCAUCCUUGGUUGGGUCUCGAGUACUUGUGGUCAAACCAAAGAGAAAAAGGCUUCUGCACUUGCCAUCGUCAACACGAUCGCAAACGCCUCCUUUAUUUGGACUCCGUACCUCUGGCCUGAAUCCGACGAGCCUCGCUACACUAUCGCAAUGUCCUCCAGUGCUGCAUUCUCCAUUGCUUGCGCGACAUGUGCUUGGAUCAUGAAGUGGUGGCUCAUCCGUGCGAACCGCAAAAUUCGCCAGAACAACGACGAGUCGGUCUUGUAUUACGCAUAUUAACGAUAGAUACGAUAUGAGGAUAUACUCUGUGUGGCGAUGUUGAUGGAGCUCCCCUUGCAAUUUAUGUGUUUCAUCCUGCAGAUGGUCAAGAGAAUACGCGAAGAAGGUGCAUCCCUGGGGCAUGCUACCAUUCCUAACUAUUGUAGCUGCAAUGAGACAACGAGAAAGAAAUGAAUGAUCAUAAUACGAAGCAUGCAACUGAAUACAUACCUCGAGGGCGAAUAUUUCGUACAACAUGGGGUAGGUCGAUGAUAACUAGGGC